UCUCUCGAAGUUAUGAAGAAGUUUAUUCGCCGUUUCGAAAAGUGACGUCGCCGGUGCUUCUAACUUUCUGGAGGGGGGGAAGAGAGUCAAUUGUGUGGCAGCGGAAAGUGAAACUUACAGUUAACUUAUGUAAACUUCACCAGACAUGGACUUCAGAUAUUUUAUCUGCGUUGUAACCUGCGCGGCUUCGGUGCUGUUUCCACUUCAGACCAGGCAUGAUGAACUAGUGAAUGUGGAUUCAGAUAUUAUUUGCUAAAAGAUAAUUGAGUCAGUGAGUGUUUAUAGUUAUCUUGAAUUCGGACAUUGUAAAGAUGACUAUGUGUUAACCUUUUUGCUCUGGAACGGGAGUUGUAUCCUCAGGAAGUUUUUUUUGUGGUUGAGAAAAUUCGGGACGAACGAAGAAGAAGCAGCGUCAAGACACUUCAGAACUCCACUUUUUCCCUCGUUGUGCUGUGUCAAAUGUCGUGCAGAAAACCACUGACUAGUGUAAAAUGAGAAAUAAGAACUCAAAAGGAGGUGUUUUGUGGUUUUGCCGACGUGUUUAGCCACUGUCGAGGCGGUACCGUCACCGUGAACUCCAUCAUAACCCAGUAAUCCAGAGGGAGUCUUGAGGAGUUCGGAGAGCAGCGGCUCCGCAGCCCGGGGUGCUUAUUGAGGAAUGUGUGGCCUCGAGCUGCUUUUUUCCUCCCGAGUCUGGAUCCAGAGGCCACGUUGGAGAGAAGAAACAGAUGAUGGGCUGCAGAAACCCGAUCUCGAGCGCAUGACGUCAGGCGACAUUCCGGAGCGCGCGCGUGGGGCUCGAGCUGUUUCCCGACGGAGCUCAAUGAGCGAGCGCGCGGUCCUGCUGUAGCUCCCGCGGUUGUCUCGCGACCCUACAGCAGUUCGUGACCGCGUGCAGCGCGACUCGCUGCGCGUCCUUCGACUCCGCUGCUUUCAAUCCACGUCACUCUGCUCUUCCUGGGGGUUAAACUUCAUAAUCCGAGUUCUUUAAACAGUGGAUAUUGUGAUGAAUUUGACAGGACCGAAUUUGAGUUUCAUUAACAGUCAGAAAGGCAGUCCAGCAAAGUUCUCCAUGAAUGUACGUCACAAUGAUGAUGACAGACCAGAUGCCGCUGGAGCUGCCACCGCCCAUGAUGAAUGGGGAGGUCGCCAUGAUGCCACACAUGGUUAAUGGGGAUGGAGCGCAACAGGUCAUACUGGUUCAGGUGAAUCCUGGAGAAACAUUCACCAUCCGGGCAGAGGACGGGACUCUGCAAUGCAUUCCAGGGCCAGCUGAAGUGCCAAUGAUGUCACCCAAUGGUUCCAUUCCUCCUAUCCAUGUGCCCCCAGGUUACAUCUCCCAGGUUCUAGAGGACAACACUGGGGUUCGACGGGUGGUGGUAACCCCCCAGUCUCCAGAGUGCUACCCCCCAAGCUACUCACCAGCCAUCUCCCCCACCCACCACCUGCCCCCUUACCUGACCCAUCCCCACUUCAUCCCCAAUUCCCCUACACCCUUCUACCCACCAGUGAGCCCAGGAGAGAUGCCGCCUCAUCAGUACUAUCAGCAUCACCUCCCCCACAUGUAUGGCGAAGAGAUCAUCCCUGUGUAUGGCAUGUCUAGUUACAUUGCCAGAGAUGAACAGUACAAGCCACAGUCUAAGAAGGGCAAGCUGGACCGUCAGAACCGUCUCAACAGCCCACCCUCCUCUGUCUAUAAGGGCAGUGCGGGCUGCAGCACCAUCUACAAUGGCAAGGGCCAUGUGGGUGGGGGAGGAGGGGGUGGCGGUGGUAGCCCUGGUGCCAAGAAGCCAGACCGUCGGGCUCGGAGCAGUCCUAGAACUAGUGAACAGGACCUGCAGGAUCACGAUUCGGAGACUAAAAGAGUUCAAGAUAUGCUUUCAGGAAUCGACAAACCGCAGGUGUCCAGUGUUCAGGCACGUACAGCCCGGCUGACUUGGGCCCCGCCCAUAGGUCUCGUGAACCGCGACAGGAACACCAACGGCCUGCCGUUCACUUGUAUCUAUGAAGUGUCGCUGUCUGACAAGGGCCGCGAUGGGAAGUACCGCCUUGUCUACUGUGGAGAUGAACUAGAGUGUAACCUGAGUGACCUAAGACCAGCAACAGACUAUCAUGUGAGAGUAAAUGCCAUGUGCAACACCGUGAGGGGGUCUUGCUCCGAACCAGGGUCCUUCAGCACCCUUAGCAGUGUGCCAGAUUGCCCCUUACCACCAAAACUUUCUCACAGAACCAAGAGCAGCCUCACACUGCAAUGGAAGCCUCCAGUAGACAAUGGAUCUAAAAUCACCAACUACCUGUUAGAGUGGGAUGAGGGAAAGAAGAACAAUGUUUUCAGAGAAUGUUAUUUUGGAAGCCAAAGGCAUUAUAAACUGACAAGACUGUGCCCUGCCUUUGGAUACACAUUUCGACUGGCAGCAAGAAAUGACAUUGGCACCAGUGGUUUCAGCCCAGAGGUGGUCUUCUACACGACGGGAAAUCUCCCCCAGCUGCCUCUACCGCCGCGGCUGGUUCGAGCUGGUAUCACCUGGAUCACACUGGAGUGGACCCGACCUGACGGCUGCACGGCAGAAGAGAUUAUCACUUACACCUUAGAGAUACAGGAGGAGAACAAUGGAGCUGAAUUUCAUCCAAAGUACACUGGAGAAAACUUGACAUGUACUGUAGACGGCCUGAAGAGGAGCACACAGUAUAAGUUCAGGCUCAUUGCCUCCAAUAUGGAGGGUAGGAGCAGCCCCAGCGAGGUCCUUGUGUGCAACACAAGUCCAGACAAGCCAGGCACCCCUUCCAAACCCUGUGUUAAGGGGGCGGUCACACCCUACGGCUUCUGUGUCAGAUGGGACCCUCCUCAAGACAAUGGUGGAUCUGAGAUUUUGACAUAUCUCUUGGAAAUUUCUGAAGGAAACUCUGAUGUGAACCAGUGGGAUGUGGCAUACAGUGGACCUGCCACAGAGUGGGAAUGCCAGCAUUUGAAACCUGCCACUUUGUACCGACUGCGAAUUUGCAGCAUCAGCACAGGAGGCCACAGCCAGUGCUCUGAAAGCCUUCUGGUCCGUACUCUGAGUGUGGCUCCAGGUCCAUGCCAGCCCCCGAGGAUCAUGGGUAAAGCCAAGCACAAGGAAGUCAGUUUACAGUGGGACUGUCCUACUUUUGAGGGGGCAUGUGAGGUGACAGAAUACAACCUGGAGAUGAGUUCUGUGGACACUGAGCCUGCUGAAGUGUACAGUGGGCCUGCCCUGGAGUGCACCGUGGGAAGCCUGCUCCCUGGCGCUACCUACAGCUUUCGUGUGCGUGCUGCCAAUGAGGCUGGGUAUGGACCUUUCUCUCCAGCCACGGAAGUGACGACUGCCGCUGGACCACCAGGUCAGUGUGGGGCACCCAUGCUGACCUUCAUAUCCAACUCCUGUGUUCUGGCAAGCUGGGAGAGUCCAGAGAACCUUGGAGUUGACAUCUCUGAAUAUCGCUUGGAAUGGAGCUGUGGAGAAGGCACCUUUGAGCUUGUCUACUGUGGGACAGACACCCAGUGCGAGAUAUCAAACCUGACUGCAGCGACGCAUUACUGCUGUAGACUGCAGGCAACCAAUCAGGCAGGAGCAGGUCCGUACAGUGAGCUGGUGAGCUGCCAGACCCCUGCCAGCACACCUGACGUUGUGUCCACCUUCUGUCUGGCGGAGCAAGACUGUGCUGACAAUCAGCCCUUCUCACCUUCCACUUGCCUCGCCCUUAAGUGGGAGGAGCCAUGCUGCAACGGAGCAGAGAUCACAUCCUACACCAUUGCGCUGGAGGACCGCCUCAUCACUGUGGACAAUGGUACCUGCUAUGUGAUCGAGGGCCUACAGCCGGACAGCGAGUACAGUUUGCAGAUACGAGCUGUCAGUGACAUUGGUCCUGGGCCUUUUUGCCCGCCGCUCCGGGCUCGUACCCGGCCACUACCCCCACUACCACCCCGUCUGGAGUGCUCUGCUGCUGGCCCCCAGAGCCUGAAGCUGAAGUGGGGAGAAAGCAGCGGUACCAGAGUCCUGCUGAGCGACGACAUGGUUUUCUCCCUCCAGAUAGAAGACAGGAGUGGACGGUUCGUGACCAUCUACCGUGGGCCAAGCCACACCUACAAGGUACAGAGGCUGGCAGAGUCGAGUAUCUACAACUUCAGGAUACAAGCCUUGAGUGAGGCAGGAGAGGGGCCAUUUUCAGACACCUACACCUUCAGCACCACCAAGUCCCUGCCCCCUGCUCUGAAAGCUCCCAGAGUGGUCCAGCUAGAUGGAAAUAUGUGUGAAGUCACGUGGGAGACGGUGCCCCCGAUGAGAGGAGAUCCUGUCAGCUACAUCCUCCAGGUUCUAGUUGGGAGAGACUCAGAGUACAAACAGGUGUUUAAGGGAGAUGAGAGCUCAUUCCAAAUCUCAGGCCUUCAGGCCAGUACGGACUAUCGUUUCCGUGUGUGCGUAUGUCGCCGCUGCCAGGACAGCGGCCAGGAGCUGUGUGGUCCACCAAGUCCACCCUCGCUGCUGACACUGCGGCGGUGCGAGCCAGUGGCCGCUGGGGAGCCAGACCCAGCACAUGCUGCUAAGGCCCUGGGCCUCAUCUCCUCCGAUGAACAGUUUGCCACACUCAUAGUUCUUGGCUUUGCAAGCCUCUCCAUCCUCAUUGCAUUCAUUCUGCAGUACUUCUUCAUGAAGUGAAAAAGAGGAAGGUUAGGGGGUGAGACGGAUUUUAAAAACAAAAGAAAACUUGAGGUAUAUUUUUAAUGCUCUGUCUUGUUGUCUCAGUACAUAUACAGGCUUUUUCCUCCUGUUCCUGUAUGAGUCUUUUUUCAUGUCUCAUUGCAGCCUCUCUCUCUGUCUGUCUGUCUCUCUCUCGCUCUCUCUCUGUUGUAUUGUACGGAUUAUGUUCAACAGACGCCUUAGCUCUUUGCUGCACCUUGUUUGGGAAAGCAUAUCAAUUUAACAAGCCUUAAAAAGAAGUUGUGGGCAAGCACAGUUGCUAACAGACUGAUGUGCAUGUUUUUGUAAUGUUUUAAAUGUAUAAAACUAAGAAAAAUGUAUGGUUCUUUACAUGGAUGGCCUUACUUAAAUGUUUUUAUCCGAAUUUCCUUUUUUACAGCCAUAUACUUUUUAGAUGUAAUAGCUUUAACAUGUUACUUAUCGUCGCCCUGUGACUUAACGUCAUAACACGUGCAGAGAGGUCAAUUGAUAUCUUGUUUUUUUGCGAUUUUACACAGUUUGAGGUACUGUGUUUCGUUGACUAAAAAUCACAGAGCUCGGAAAACAACUCUACACACAUUAUCCAUUUGGCAAGUCAAAGCCACCAGCAUUAAGCUGCCAAAGCAUUUUGCAAUCCAAGUGUGGUUUAAUUGAUGCUGCUAUCCUGUGUUUUUAAAUAAUGAAACCAGUUAUCUAAUAUAUAUAUAUACAUGUGUAUCUAAAUAUAUAAAAUCUAUAGAGGUAAUGUAAUAUAAAUGAUAAUGGGUUUGAAGUAAAAGUCUCAGAUUGAGUAGGAGUCGGCACGCAUACAACGGUGCUUAAUCUGUGGUCAGUAGUCCACAUGAGUGGAUUGGUAUGUGGCCUGUCUGGAGUAGAUGAAGUACUGUGGCACCCAGUGCUCCGUGCAGCUGCAGUAUUUCUCUGGUCUUGAUGCAUUUCUGGAACCUGGGGGCCCUGACAUCCAGCCCACAGCCACUUUCCCGUCACUCUUUCCCACUAUUCUUCUCGACCUCCAGUUCCUGGAGCCUGUUGCAGACUUGCCUGUGUGUGCUGUGUUAUCUGCUUUGCUGGGACCUGGUGAACGUCUGAGCAGAGCUGUACACGGUAGCAGGCUAUGAGGGUUGGCGGUGGGCUGGGAGGGCUGUGAGCGUGGGAAAACCUUCUGACAGAGAACCCUGCAUUUAGCUGGUCACUCUGAGACCCAGUCUCAUGCCGUGCCGCAGACCCUCUCGCACCCUCUCUCUCCCUUCCCUCUUUUUCUUUCUGGUUCUCUUUGUCUUUCUCGCAGUGAUUCUGAUUCCGAUUUCAUAAGGUGCUUUAUUGGCGUGGUGUCGCAGCCGCAGACAAAGCAGUGGCAAAGCCCUCGAUCUCCUCUGACACUAAGGACAAGCCCUAAGAAAAGUGCGUGCCAAAGGCCAAGGGGACCUUUGCUCCCCUGCUAGCCAAGGAAACGUGCAAACCAGCAGAUUCCACAAAUCCAAAGAGUUUGUCGAAAGUCACACUUAUAGAUUCUUUUGAAGUUGAUUUUGGGGAGCUUUUGGGGGUGGGGCAGCCUACAGUUGGCUCACAGCAGGCCCCUCCCUCUCCUUGAUUGACAGCCUGUAGCUCAGGGACUCUGACCGAAAGGUGAAGAAAACAAAUACGGCAAGGAUGCUGCAAACACUAAGUUUUUUCGGUUUUGGUUUUGCCAUUGCUGUCAUUGUGAGCUAUUAGCCUUUUCUUCUUCAAACUCGCCUUCUAAGCAUUGUUUCCCUGCCUGAGCUGUGCCUUGCUCUGUCAUGUCCAUAAGCAAAAAUGGUUUACUGGCUCAAAAGUACCUUUGCCAAAGUUUAUGGGAAAGUGAGGUAUCAUUCUUUUCUAGGUUUAUUUAUACUAUAUAUUGCAUUCAGUACUUUAAAUGCCAAUUACAGUGCAAUCUUCAUUUAUUUAUUUUUUAAAAAAUAAGAGAUAAGUGUAGUUAUGUACUAAUUUUUUCCUUGUAGCAUGUUAUUUUUUUUUUUCUGUUUUUGUAUGUAUUUUAGAUUUAUAAUUACAGGCCAGCAUUCUUCCGUAUCAAUAAUAACCAUUUUAAACAUUUUUCUUCAGUCAGCGGGAACAUGUAAUGCAGAAAAAUCAUAAAUAUCUGUGCAGUUUUUACGUGUAGCCAAAAAAUCCUGUUCAUCUCUUUCCAAACCAAGUGCUUGAACUUGCAACAUAUUGAUCUUUUUUAUGCCUAGGAAGAUGUAGCAUAUGUUUAUCCAGGAUAUUGUGUCUGUAAUGGGAUGUAUUUAGCUACAUUUUGACAAUUGCUAAAUAGUGUUAUAAAGCUUAUUAUACUGUUUGCCAAAGCAAAGGCUUGUCAACUUUAUGGUGUUUAUUUAAAGGGUCAUGUGACAAGUCCCUUGUGACACUAGUGCAUUGCAAUCCUGAAAAGGAGAUAUUAUCAGUUGUGUGAUCAUGCUUCUUUUGUUUGUUUUGUAAAACAAAGUGUGCCAUUUAAGUGUAUAACCCUUUGAAAUGAACUUUUAAAAAUGAUUUCACACUGAAAAGAGAAACAAUCAACCUAUG